AUGCGAGGAGAUUCCGGCAGUCUCGAUUGUGACCGAAAUCAUCAUCAUCAUCAUCAUCAUCAUCAGCUCCAACCACCGCAACCAUCACCAAUCACCCAGUCCAGUCCUAAUGCAUUUAUAACGACCGGUCGUUGCGAUGUGUCCGCUCUGGACGGGCACAGUUUGAAGUCCCAUUCUGGAUCGGUCACUCGAACACGUCGAACACGCGGUAAACAGUUUGGAGACAAUUCCAGAUUUAUGACUAACUCGACAGAUUAUUCGUCCAUGGAAAACUAUCAGUUGAACGGAACCGGUUCAGAAUCCCCUUAUCGUGCCACCAAAUCGGGCAAUGGAUUCCAACUGAUGGAUACUUCAUCAUUGUCCAUGGGUAGCGAUUUCUCGGACGCAUGUACGGCUUCCACCACACCGGAACUACGCAGUCCGCUUGGAUCCCAGAUCCAUCAGGAUCGUCCUCAAAGUGUAUGUAUUGAUCUCGAGGGCACCGAAUCGCCUCACUUGAUGUCAGAUCUCAAUUCUGUGACCAGUUCGAUCGCUGCGGAUGACAUGGUUCGCUGUGGAACAGACCAACUAUCUGUUACGUUCAAACCAAAUGGCACAUACUGUUCCACGGACUCAGGGGUGGGACAUUCUACUUCCAGUGACGAUUACAGCAAUACCAUCACAGGUUAUGCAAUCACUUCACUGGCCAAUGGAUGCUUGACUGAAUUAAGCACAACUCCGACAACCACCGGGUCAGUGAACACUCUGGGUGUUGAACAUCAUUCAUUCAGCAAAGUGACCGAUUCGAACACCUAUCUGAGUGAGAGCCUAAACUCCGGUACAUCUUCUUUGGUCACAUCGUUGACUGAUCUGUAUGGAAUGCCCAUGAUAGAUCGUCACAAUUGCGAGAACACCGUGUCCCUGUCAGAUGAGACAUCACUGUCCGUACCGCCUUCGCUAGAUCUGAAUUUAAGUGCAUCUUUUCGACAACUAUAUCACGCGUUAUUUGAUUCAACCGGGGUACAUUGUGAAUCCCCGCUGUUUCAUCCAUCCUCAUCAUCAUCAUCCUCAUCUGGCGAUUGUUUAACACGGAAUUCACCAUCCAUCGACAAAGUUCCAUCUGUCGAUCAUCGUGAUCCGGAUGGAAUUUUCGCGUUGCAUCGACGUGUGUCCGUUUCGGGGUCCACGGUCAGCUCAAAAUUGUCCACGACCGAUCCAACAUUCCCUUGCGUGAAUGAUAAUUCCGAUCAGUCGAGACUGUCAAUGAGCGCGCUGCUCUAUCGCAGCUUACGCACUGCCAGUCUAUUCGACUGGGGUUCAGUGAAUUUGGACGACUAUACUGAUUUAACUUCAAAGAUACGUGCGGCAUCCGCGAAUCCGCGAAACUUGACUAUAGAACAACUGAGCGAUUUGAACAGCAGUUUGGAACAGGCUUUCAAUCGGAUCGUACAAUCAAGAAACGACCGGGCCCAACCCAUAUUCGGACAUCGUCCACGAUCCGAUCCACUGGUUUUUCACGCCAAACGCAGUCUGGAUCCCGGCACACAUUUCGAUCCAGAACAGCCGAGUCACAAAACUCUAAGAUCUAAUUCACUGAACGAACAACCCGAUAUGCGAGUACUGGACGUGUUGAAACGUAACGGUGGCUCACUGGCCGGUGAUAUUGUCGACUCGAUCACGCGAAUUGCCAGCCCGCGUGUGGAUUCGCAUCAGCAUCCGCACCAAUCAGUCCCCGGGCAAUCAGUCACAUUUCUCGCUGACCCUCAAUCGGAUACGGGCAUGCAUUGUGACGGAUCGGGAUUCUCCACACCGUAUCCUCGACCACUCUCGGCUAUUCCGACCACAGAUACUAUGGAUUCUUGGACUGUGGAUGCUAUAGGACAAUACGCGCACGAGACCUCCAGAUGUACAAGUUCUAGUGAGUAA